AAUUAGGUGAAGUGGUUUUUUUAACCUCCAGCUAUACCAUUGCCACCAUCCGGGAGACCGGUCGCUUUCGUUUUGCCGAAACUGCCGACAACGUGCCAAUCUCUCUUUUUUUCUAGUUCUAAUUGCAUCGCAGACUCGAUUUAGUAGCGCCUGCCGCAGCUGGAUUAUUUUUAGUCUCUAUCAAUUGCUAAACGAAGAAGCCAGUGAAGUGACGGUGACGAUGGCGGCGACUGUAACGGCCGCGUUCAGAACCGUAGAACCUUUGGAAUAUUACAGAAGAUUCUUAAAAGAAAAUUGUCGGCCUGACGGAAGGGACCUUGGUGAAUUUAGGACCACAACUAUCAACAUAGGUUCAAUUACAACUGCAGAUGGCUCUGCACUUUUGAAGUUAGGGAAUACUACAGUGAUAUGCGGCAUAAAAGCAGAAUUUGCAGCCCCCGCCGCUGAUUCCAGUAACAAGGGAUAUAUCAUUCCCAACGUAGAACUUCCUCCACUUUGUUCAUCAAGAUUUCGACCUGGACCUCCAUGCGAAGAGGCUCAGGCAGCUAGUCAGUUUAUUGCUGAUGUCAUUGAAAAUUCACAGAUGAUAAUGAAAGAAGAUCUAUGCAUUUUAGAUGGAAAGAUUGUAUGGGUUCUAUAUUGUGACGUUAUAUGCUUAGACUAUGAUGGAAACCUUCUUGAUGCCUGCAUGUGUGCUUUCUUAGCAGCUCUGAAAAAUGUGCUUUUGCCUGUUGUUGCAAUAAAUGCAGAAACUGGUUUGAUGGAAGUUAAUUUGAAAGAGAAGAAUCCUUUGACUAUUAAAAAGCAACCAGUGGCAACAUCAUUUGUGUUGUUUGACACACUAGUUGUAGUUGACCCAACUGCAGAAGAAGAAGACUUGGCAUCUGGGACUUUAACUAUUGUGACUAUCGAAGAUGACAAACUGUGUUCUGUUCAUAAACCAGGUGGAAGCACAAUAACAGAAGCAAAGCUUCAAGACUGUAUCAGUCGGGCAAAGGCACGACAUAAAGAAGUACAGAAACUGAUGGAUAAAGUAAUCAAAAAUGUAUAAUUAGUAAGAGGUGUAUUUACUAUUUGAUCACAAAACCAUUUCCUCAAUAAACAUACUACAUUUGUGAAGUUCCAUUAUUUCACAAUAUCAUUUCAUCUUGAAAUUUGUAUAACAUUUCCAGAUGAAUAAUUUCAUCUUAAAACAGUGUAGUUUUCUUACAAAUUUCAGUUGAUUGUUAUGUCUCAGUGUAGCUACAAAUUCAGUUUCAUGGAAAAAACAUUUUUUAAAAAAGAUGGUAUAGAAU